CGAGCGGCGCGGCGGGCAGCGGGGCCCGGCGGGGCGUGCAGAGGAGCGGGCCGCGGCGCUGAGGCGGCGGAGCGCGGCCCGGCCAUGGGCUUCCUGCACCAGCUGCAGCUGCUGCUCUGGAAGAAUGUGACGCUGAAGCGCCGGAGCCCGUGGGUCCUGGCUUUUGAGAUCUUCAUCCCCCUUGUCCUCUUCUUCAUCCUGCUGGGGCUGCGACAGAAGAAGCCCACCAUCUCCGUGAAGGAAGCUUUCUACACCGCGGCCCCCCUGACGUCUGCCGGCAUCCUGCCCGUCAUGCAGUCGCUUUGCCCCGAUGGCCAGCGGGAUGAGUUUGGCUUCCUGCAGUAUGCCAACUCCACGGUCACCCAGCUUCUAGAACGCCUCAACCGAGUCGUGGAGGAGGGCAACUUGUUUGACCCGGCGCGACCCAGCCUGGGCUCAGAGCUUGAGGCCCUGCGUCAACAUCUGGAGGCGCUCAGCUCAGGCCCUGGCACCUGGGAAAGCCACUCAGCCAGACCUGCAGUUUCUUCCUUCUCUCUGGACUCGGUGGCCAGGGACCAGAGGGAGCUUUGGCGUUUCCUGAUGCAGAACCUGUCACUGCCCAACAGCACAGCCCAGGCCCUCCUGGCUGCCCGUGUGGACCCUUCUGAGGUCUAUCACUUGCUUUUGGGUCCUUUGCCUGCCCUGGAUGGGAAGUUGGGUUUCCUCGGGAAGCAGGAGCCAUGGAGCCGCCUGGGUAGCAAUCCUCUGUUACGAAUGGAGGAGCUGCUGCUGGCUCCUGCCCUCCUGGAGCAGCUCACGUGUGCGCCAGGCUCUGGGGAGCUGGGCCGGAUUCUUACCAUGCCUGAGGGUCAUCAGGUAGACCUGCAGGGCUACCGGGAUGCCGUCUGCAGUGGGCAGGCUGCAGCUCGUGCCCAACGCUUCAGUGAUCUGGCCACUGAGCUCCGGAACCAGCUGGACAUGGCCAAGAUUGCCCAGCAGCUGGGCUUGGAUGUCCCCAACGGCUCAGACCCCCAGCAGCAGGCACCGUCCCCACGGAGCCUGCAGGCACUCUUAGGGGACCUGCUGGAUGCCCAGAAAGUUCUGCAGGAUGUGGAUGUCCUCUCAGCUCUUGCCCUGCUGCUGCCCCAAGGCGCCUGUGCUGGCCGGGCCCCUGCAUCUCAAGCUAGCAGCCUGAGUGGAGUGGCCAACAGCACUGGACCAGGGGCGAGCACGGGUUCCAACACCACCGUGGAGGAGGGAACCCAGUCACCUGCGACUCCAGCCUCUCCUGACACUCUGCAAGGCCAGUGCUCAGCCUUUGUGCAGCUCUGGGCUGGCUUGCAGCCCAUCUUGUGUGGCAACAACCGCACCAUUGAGCCUGAGGCGCUUCGGAGGGGCAACAUGAGCUCCCUGGGCUUCACAAGCAAAGAACAACGGAACCUGGGCCUCCUUGUGCACCUCAUGACCAGCAACCCCAAAAUCCUGUAUGCACCAGCAGGUUCUGAAGCUGACCGUGUUAUCCUCAAGGCCAAUGAGACCUUUGCCUUUGUGGGCAAUGUGACGCACUACGCCCAGGUCUGGCUUAACAUCUCUUCGGAGAUCCGAAGCUUCCUGGAGCAAGGCAGGCUGCAGCAGCAUCUCCACUGGCUGCAGCAGUACGUGGCUGACCUGCGCCUGCACCCUGAAGCGAUGAACCUGUCCCUGGAGGAGCUGCCGCCUGCCCUGCGCCAGGACAGCUUCUCACUGCCCAAUGGCACAGCCCUCCUGCAGCAGCUCGACACAAUUGACAAUGCAGCCUGUGGCUGGAUCCAGUUCAUGUCCAAGGUGAGUGUAGACAUCUUCAAGGGUUUUCCUGAUGAGGAGAGCAUUGUCAAUUACACACUCAACCAGGCCUACCAGGAUAACGUCACAGUGUUUGCCAGUGUGAUCUUCCAGACACGGAAGGAUGGCUCCCUCCCUCCACACGUACAUUACAAGAUUCGCCAGAACUCGAGCUUCACUGAGAAAACCAAUGAGAUUCGACGUGCUUAUUGGCGCCCAGGGCCCAACACGGGUGGCCGCUUCUACUUCCUCUAUGGCUUCGUCUGGAUCCAGGACAUGAUGGAGCGUGCCAUCAUCAACACAUUUGUGGGGCACGACGUGGUGGAGCCUGGCAACUAUGUGCAGAUGUUCCCGUACCCCUGCUACACCCGUGAUGACUUCCUGUUUGUCAUCGAGCACAUGAUGCCACUGUGCAUGGUGAUCUCUUGGGUCUACUCUGUGGCCAUGACUAUUCAGCAUAUCGUGGCGGAGAAAGAGCAUCGGCUCAAGGAGGUAAUGAAGACGAUGGGCCUGAACAACGCUGUGCACUGGGUGGCCUGGUUCAUCACAGGCUUUGUGCAGCUGUCCAUCUCAGUGACAGCUUUGACCGCCAUCCUCAAGUACGGCCAGGUGCUCAUGCACAGCCACGUGCUCAUUAUCUGGCUCUUCCUUGCUGUCUAUGCUGUGGCCACCAUCAUGUUCUGCUUCCUGGUGUCUGUGCUGUACUCGAAGGCUAAGUUGGCCUCAGCCUGUGGUGGCAUCAUCUACUUCUUGAGCUACGUUCCCUACAUGUAUGUGGCAAUCCGUGAGGAGGUGGCCCAUGAUAAGAUCACUGCCUUCGAGAAGUGCAUUGCGUCCCUGAUGUCCACAACAGCCUUUGGCCUGGGCUCCAAGUACUUCGCACUGUAUGAGGUGGCAGGCGUGGGUAUCCAGUGGCACACAUUCAGCCAGUCCCCCGUGGAGGGAGACGACUUCAACCUGCUCCUUGCUGUCACCAUGCUUAUGGUGGACACAGUGGUCUAUGGCGUGCUCACUUGGUACAUUGAGGCAGUACACCCAGGCAUGUAUGGGCUGCCCCGGCCCUGGUACUUCCCACUGCAGAAGUCCUAUUGGCUGGGCAGUGGGCGGACAGAGGCCUGGGAGUGGAGCUGGCCAUGGGCACACACACCACGCCUCAGCGUUAUGGAGGAAGACCAGGCCUGUGCCAUGGAGAGCCGCCACUUCGAGGAGACACGCGGUAUGGAGGAGGAACCCACCCACCUGCCCUUGGUCGUCUGUGUGGACAAGCUCACCAAGGUCUAUAAGAAUGACAAGAAGCUGGCCUUGAACAAACUGAGCCUCAAUCUCUAUGAGAACCAGGUGGUCUCUUUCCUAGGCCAUAAUGGGGCUGGCAAGACCACUACCAUGUCUAUCCUGACCGGACUGUUCCCACCCACGUCGGGCUCUGCCACUAUCUAUGGGCACGACAUCCGCACAGAGAUGGACGAGAUCCGCAAGAACCUGGGCAUGUGCCCACAGCACAAUGUGCUCUUUGACCGGCUCACUGUGGAGGAGCACCUCUGGUUCUACUCACGGCUCAAGAGCAUGGCACAAGAGGAGAUCCGCAAAGAGACGGACAAGAUGAUUGAGGACCUGGAGCUUUCCAAUAAGCGGCACUCGCUGGUGCAGACACUGUCUGGGGGCAUGAAGCGCAAGCUCUCAGUGGCCAUUGCCUUUGUGGGUGGCUCUAGAGCCAUUAUCUUGGAUGAGCCCACGGCUGGCGUGGACCCCUAUGCACGCCGCGCCAUCUGGGACCUCAUUCUGAAGUACAAGCCAGGCCGCACUAUCCUCCUCUCCACCCACCACAUGGAUGAGGCCGACCUGCUGGGGGAUCGGAUUGCCAUCAUCUCCCACGGGAAGCUCAAGUGCUGCGGCUCCCCCCUCUUUCUCAAGGGUGCCUAUGGUGAUGGGUACCGCCUCACGUUGGUCAAGCGGCCUGCAGAGCCUGGCACCUCCCAAGAGCCAGGGCUGGUCUCCAGCCCCCCAGGUCGUGCUCAGCUGAGCAGCUGCUCGGAGCCCCAGGUGUCCCAGUUCAUCCGCAAGCACGUGGCCUCAUCCCUGCUGGUCUCCAACACCAGCACUGAGCUCUCCUACAUCCUGCCCAGUGAGGCCGUCAAGAAGGGGGCCUUCGAGCGCCUCUUCCAGCAAUUGGAGCAUAGCCUGGAUGCAUUGCAUCUGAGCAGUUUUGGGCUGAUGGACACAACCCUGGAGGAGGUGUUCCUCAAGGUGUCUGAGGAGGACCAGUCACUGGAGAACAGCGAAGCUGAUGUAAAGGAGUCCCGGAAGGAUGUGCUGCCUGGGGCAGACGGCCUGACGUCUGUGGAGGGUCAAGCUGGCAACCUGGCUCGGUGCUCAGAACUGGCCCAGUCACAGGCAUCACUGCUGUCUGCAUCCUCUGUGGGCUCUACCCGCGGUGACGAGGGCACUGGCUACGCCGAUGUCUACGGUGACUACCGUCCCCUCUUUGACAACUUGCCGGACCCAGACAAUGUCAGCUUACAAGAGGCAGAAAUGGAGGCCCUGGCUCGGGUCGGCCAGGGCAGCCGCAAGCUGGAGGGCUGGUGGCUGAAGAUGCGGCAGUUCCACGGGCUCCUGGUGAAGCGUUUCCACUGUGCUCGUCGAAACUCCAAAGCUCUUUGCUCUCAGAUCCUGCUGCCUGCCUUCUUUGUCUGUGUGGCCAUGACCGUGGCGUUGUCUGUUCCUGAGAUAGGUGACCUGCCUCCCCUGGUCCUGUCACCGUCUCAGUACCACAACUAUACCCAGCCCCGCGGCAACUUCAUCCCCUAUGCUAAUGAGGAACGCCGGGAGUACCGAUUGCGGCUGUCACCUGAUGCCAGCCCCCAGCAGUUGGUGAGCACGUUCCGGCUGCCCUCUGGCGUGGGUGCCACGUGUGUGCUCAAGUCUCCCGCCAACGGCUCCCUGGGGCCCGUGCUGAACCUUAGCAGCGGAGAGUCCCGCCUGCUGGCCGCACGGUUCUUCGACAGCAUGUGCCUGGAGUCCUUCACACAGGGACUGCCGCUGUCCAACUUCGUGCCGCCCCCACCCUCACCUGCCCCUUCUGACUCACCGGUGUCCCCGGAUGAGGACUCGCUGCAAGCCUGGAACGCCUCCCUGCCACCUACGACUGGACCAGAGACAUGGACGUCGGCACCGUCUCUGCCACGCCUAGUGCGCGAACCUGUCCGCUGUACCUGCUCUGCACAGGGCACAGGCUUCUCUUGCCCCAGCAGUGUGGGUGGGCAUCCGCCCCAGAUGAGGGUGGUCACAGGUGACAUCCUGACCGACAUCACCGGCCACAAUGUCUCUGAGUACCUGCUCUUCACAUCUGACCGUUUCCGGCUACACCGAUAUGGAGCCAUCACCUUUGGUAAUGUUCAGAAGUCCAUCCCAGCCUCCUUCGGUGCCCGGGCCCCGCCUAUGGUGCGGAAGAUCGCAGUACGAAGGGUGGCCCAGGUGCUCUACAAUAACAAGGGCUACCAUAGCAUGCCCACCUACCUCAACAGCCUCAACAAUGCCAUCCUGCGUGCAAACCUGCCCAAGAGCAAGGGUAACCCGGCAGCCUAUGGCAUCACUGUCACCAACCACCCCAUGAACAAGACCAGUGCUAGCCUCUCCCUGGAUUACCUACUGCAGGGCACAGACGUGGUCAUCGCCAUCUUUAUCAUUGUGGCCAUGUCCUUCGUGCCGGCCAGUUUCGUGGUCUUCCUUGUGGCAGAGAAAUCCACCAAGGCCAAGCACCUGCAGUUCGUCAGCGGGUGCAACCCUGUCAUCUACUGGCUAGCCAACUACGUGUGGGACAUGCUCAAUUACCUGGUCCCAGCGACCUGCUGUGUCAUCAUCCUGUUUGUGUUUGAUCUGCCGGCCUACACGUCGCCCACCAACUUCCCAGCGGUGCUCUCCUUGUUCCUGCUCUAUGGGUGGUCCAUCACACCCAUCAUGUACCCAGCCUCCUUCUGGUUUGAGGUCCCCAGCUCAGCCUACGUGUUCCUCAUCGUCAUCAACCUUUUCAUCGGCAUCACGGCCACCGUGGCUACCUUCCUUCUGCAGCUUUUUGAGCAUGACAAGGAUCUGAAGGUUGUCAACAGUUACCUGAAAAGCUGCUUCCUCAUCUUCCCCAACUACAACCUGGGCCACGGGCUCAUGGAGAUGGCCUACAAUGAGUACAUCAACGAAUACUACGCCAAGAUUGGCCAGUUUGACAAGAUGAAGUCCCCAUUUGAGUGGGACAUUGUCACACGUGGGCUGGUGGCCAUGACAGUGGAGGGCUUCGUGGGAUUCUUCCUCACCAUCAUGUGCCAGUAUAACUUCCUGCGGCAGCCACAACGCCUGCCUGUGUCUACUAAACCUGUGGAGGAUGACGUGGACGUCGCCAGUGAGCGGCAGAGAGUGCUCCGUGGGGAUGCUGACAAUGACAUGGUCAAGAUCGAGAACCUGACCAAGGUGUACAAGUCUCGGAAGAUUGGCCGCAUCCUGGCCGUGGACCGCCUUUGCCUGGGCGUGCGCCCUGGAGAGUGCUUUGGGCUCCUUGGCGUCAACGGAGCGGGAAAGACCAGCACCUUCAAGAUGCUGACUGGUGAUGAGAGCACAACAGGAGGCGAGGCCUUUGUCAACGGGCACAGUGUGCUCAAGGACCUGCUUCAGGUACAGCAGAGCCUUGGCUACUGCCCGCAGUUCGAUGCUCUGUUUGAUGAGCUCACGGCUCGGGAACACCUACAACUGUACACCCGGCUGCGCGGCAUCCCCUGGAAGGAUGAAGCACAGGUGGUGAAGUGGGCCCUGGAGAAGCUGGAACUGACAAAGUAUGCGGACAAGCCCGCUGGGACCUACAGCGGCGGCAACAAAAGGAAGCUCUCCACAGCCAUUGCACUCAUUGGGUACCCUGCCUUCAUCUUUCUGGAUGAGCCCACCACUGGCAUGGACCCUAAGGCCAGGCGCUUCCUGUGGAACCUCAUUCUGGACCUCAUCAAGACAGGACGCUCGGUGGUGCUGACGUCACACAGCAUGGAGGAGUGUGAGGCUCUGUGCACGCGGCUGGCCAUCAUGGUGAACGGACGACUGCGCUGCCUGGGCAGCAUCCAGCACCUCAAGAACAGGUUUGGGGAUGGCUACAUGAUCACUGUCAGGACCAAAAGCAGCCAGAAUGUGAAGGAUGUGGUGCGGUUCUUCAACCGGAACUUCCCAGAGGCCAUGCUCAAGGAACGGCAUCACACGAAGGUGCAGUACCAGCUCAAGUCAGAGCACAUCUCUCUGGCUCAGGUGUUCAGCAAGAUGGAGCAGGUGGUGGGCGUGCUGGGCAUCGAGGACUACUCAGUCAGCCAGACCACCCUGGACAACGUAUUUGUGAACUUUGCCAAGAAGCAGAGUGACAAUGUGGAGCAGCAAGAGACUGAACCCUCGACCUUGCCAUCUCCCCUUGGACUACUCAACCUGCUGAGGCCCCGCCCCGCACCCACGGAGCUCCGGGCACUGGUGGCUGAUGAGCCAGAGGACCUGGACACGGAGGAUGAGGGGCUCAUCAGCUUUGAGGAAGAGCGGGCCCAGCUCUCCUUCAACACGGACACGCUCUGCUGACCAUCAAGAACCAAGUCAGGGAUGCAGCUGUGGGGGGCAGAGGUCAGGCGGUGGCCAUAGCCCUGUCACACACGCCAGGCCCUGGAAAGGCAGGUUCAGGACCAAAGGGCUCCCGCCCUCCUCCCAACUACCACCAUCCUCACCUCAUCCUGCGGUCACUCUGGCCGCCCUCUCCCAAUUGUGCCAAAGGCUGGCCUGGCCCUGGGCUGCACAUACCCUCACCCUGCUUUGCCUUAAAGCCUUGGGUCUUGGCCCAGCCCCUUACCCUACCCAGCACCAUCACCUUCCCAGGGUGACAUGGGCUGCCCCAAGCAUCCUGUGACCCUUCUCUGCAGCGGCCCCGAGUCUACCCAGGCCAGCGUCUUGCACAGAUGUCUUUUCGUGGACAUCCCUGACUGCAGGAGGGGGCCGGGCAGCUUGCCUACUUCCUUUGCAUUAAGAGCCUCCCUCACUCUGCUGUUGUGAAGAAGUUAGGCUACCCAUGGGAAGCCAUGAAUGUGGUUGCCUCGGCCCUGGUGGAAUUGCAGGAAUGGAGAAGCUGGGCUUGCUGGCCAGGUGAGGGGCCACUGCCCCCUCCCUGUCCCCUCAAGCUGCCUUUGCUCUCCCAUCCAGCUUGGCCCUUCCCGCCACCCACCGGGGAGCGGGACCUUGUAUAUAGCGCACAGAUGUUUGUUUUCAAUAAAUAAGCAAAAAAAAAAAAAAAAAAAAAAAAAAAAAAGCCCGUGGGAUCCUGUGCAUGUGACAGGGAGUUGGGGUGAAGGCAGGCCCAUUGGGCCAGGGUGUAGUCUGACUGUACCAGGUGUGAAGGGAGGGGCUGUUCAGAUGGGGAGAUCUAUCAUUUUCCUCUCCCUGCCCAUGCAGCCCAGACCCCUGCUCUGUGGGCGGGUCCUAGGUGGGCUUCUGGAAGGGGUUGUGCAGUGUUGUUCAUCCAGCACUGAUGCUGUCCCUCAGCAUCUUAGCAUCCCCCCAACAAGGCCUACUGCCCACAGUGAGCCCAUUUGUUCCGGGCUGCCUCUACUUCCUGAAAAGUGGAGGGGGUUCUGGGAGAAGAUCUCCAGGAGUCUGGGUGCAUAAGAAUUUCCCAAAGGCGGUGGGCCUGUGCUAGCGGGUGUCUGGUGAGGUGAAGUCCAUACCUCACAUUGCCCCUGCUAGGUGGUAAAGUGGGUCAAUGUACAGAAAGGCCCUAAGGCACAGAGCUUAGGAAAACAAGAUCCAGGAGGAACAGGGCCCAGGAGAAAUGGGGCUUGGGAACUCAGAUUAACUAGUGAUGGGGCUCUGUGUAUGCCACACAGGAGUCGGGGCAACAGGUUGAAGGGUCUCAGACUCACACUUCUGUCUUGUUCAGGUUCCCCCCUGAGACUUUUCAAGUGCUUAGAGAUUAGGGACAGAGAAGCCCCCGAGGAGGAUAGAGGGCUGGCUGGCACCCUGUGAGGGAAAGGAGAGAAGAAGGAAGGGUGGGAGUGGGCAGGGUGCCAAGGUGCUGUGUCCUGUGGGCUACGAAAGCUGCAGGGCCCUCUGCGGUCCCAGAGGCUGGGCCAGUGGGUGGAGAGGAAAAGCAGGGGGGACAGAGGGUGAGCUUGUUAAGACACAGGAAUGGGGCUGUGUGUGGGGGUAAGAACACUUGAUAGUCUUCCAGAGGAUCAGAUUCAGUUUCCAGCACCCACGUUGGGUUGUUCCUAACUCUGUAAUUACAGUUUCAGGGGAUACAGUUUCUGGCUUCCACAGAUACCCACACACAUGUGGUACACACACAGAUGUGUGUAUAUACACAUAAGUAAAAGUUUAUUCCAGGAGUUGGGAGUGAUGGCUCAACAGUUAGCACCCCUCGCUCUUCCACAGGACCCUAGUUCAGUCCAGCGUUCAUGUCAGGUGGGCCACACCCACCUGUCACUCCAGCUCUAGAGGAUCCUAUGUUCUCUUAAUCCCAGCACUCGGGAGGCAGAGGCAGGCGGAUCUCUGUGAGUUUGAGGCCAGCCUGGUCUACAGAGUGAGUUUCAGGACAGUCAGGACUGUUACACAGAGAAACCCUGUCUCAAAAAACCAAAAUAAUAAUAAUAAUAAUAAUAAUAAUAAUAAUAAUAAUAAUAAUAUAAUAAAAAUAAAAUUUUAAGAAACCUAAAAUACUUGACUCUUGGCAUAGGCCUAUAAUCUCAGCUCCUGGGGUGCUGAAGCAGAAUUGCAAGUUCAGGCCCACCUGGUCUACAAAAUGAGUCAAGGCUAUCCUGAACAACUUACAAAGACCCUGUUUCAAAAAGUAAGUUGGGUAUCAUGGUGCAUACAUUUAAUCCCAGCACUCAUUGGCAGCAGCAGGUGGCUCUCUGUGAGUUCAAGGCCAGCCUGGUCUAUAUAACAACUUCAGGCCAGCCAGAGCCACAUAGUGAGACCCUAUCUCAAAAUAAACAAAAGGAAAAGGGGGUUGGGGACACAGCUCAGUGGUAGAGCACCUGCCUAGCAUGCUUGAGGUUCUAGGUUCAAUCUGCAAUACCAUCAAAACAACAGUGAAUGUGGCAGGCACCUAAGGGGUGACUCCUGAGGGUUUUCUCUGGCUCACACACACACACAUACACACACACACACACACACACACACACACACACACACACACACACACACACGGAUCCUGAAUUCCAAAAGCGAAUCCAGAGCCUGGUGUCUGGGAUCCAAUGAAGGGCACUAAUUCGUGCCCUUAAAACAGAGCAUGAAUUUGGAGGAAUUGCUUUAAGCUUCUGAAUUUGUGACAAUCUGAAGGUGUACCCCAUCAUCUUAUUUUUGAAACUUCCAGAACAGUUGCAAGGAAAGAACAGUGUACACCCUGUGCCCUCUGCACAAGCUCGUGAUUUAAAACACUCUGUUUUUGUUUUUUCAAGACAGGAUUUCUCUAUGUAGCUUUGGUUGUCCUGGGACUUGAUCUGUAGACCAGGCUGGCCUCGAACUCACAGAGACCCACCUGCCUCUGCCUCCUGAAUGCUGAGAUUAAAGGGGUGCGCCACCAUACCCAGCCUAUGGUUUUUGGCGCAAUCUGUAAGCACGAUUCUUGUGCUAACCCAUCAGAAAAUAAGUAGCAGCCCAGAACUAGCAGCUGCACCCCUCCUCUGAGUGCAAGGACCUCUCUCUGGGGACAACAAGGACACAGUGCUGUCACUCCAUAGUCUGAGGCAUUUCCUAUGUAGCUAUUAAAAAAGCUCCAGGACACAGGACCUUUGAGGCUCCCACCAUCCCCAUCUCAAGCCCAGUAGGCUGAGGAGCUGAGCAGGGCUAGAAGGAACAGAAGCAUCUGGGUGGCCAGCGACCAGAAGCUUCUGCUGUAAGAGCAGCACAGGCUACGGACUGGAGGCCAGUCAGGGCAACCGUGUGUGCCGCCGGCAGGGCUCCAGGGCCAUCACUAUUGCCCUUACCCUUUACUUUGGCACAAAUUACCCAUCAACCAGCCAGGGCCUACAACAACCAGCCGAACAGUUAUCCAGCGCCCACCAACUCCGUGGUCAUUGGAGGUGGACUGGCUGCAGUUGGGACUCUGAAAGACUCACAUUCUGAAGUUUUCAAUCUGGUAAUAGUGAAGUGCUAUGGUGAAUAAAUGGGAUUCAUGGCAUGCA